GCAGGAAAAAAACAAAACAGGCGAGUAAACUUUUAUAGUACAGAGUAGAAUUUUCGUAAGUAUCAUGUUAGGUCAAAAAAGUCUUGUUCAUUAGGUCAGUGAAUCGAUGUAUGAAAUGUCAGUCUAAUUGGUUCAGGAAUAUGUAUAUCUUUCUUUUCAGCAGCUGCUCUGGGCUUGAUACAAAAGCCUGCAGGCGCUCACUAAUCCCCCGUUGAUCUUGUUUUAGACUAUCAGACCUAAACCGUUGUUUACCCGUUCGCUUGGUACUUUGAAGCUACCUGUUUAUUUCUAGGUCGGUAACUUCGAUUGCUUUCUACGUAAGAGGAACCAAUAAAAAUUACUAUCAUUUUACAACAUAUCUGCUCAUUAUUCGAGACUUCAGAACACUUCUGAGUAGGUUAGUGGGUGCCUAUUUUAAGUUUGUUGAUGACUUCUCCUAGGUUUGAUGCUUUUAUGAGACAGAUGGUAAUUCAUUCCCCUAUUCUUCAGUUUAGUUGAGGGAAGUGGCCUCCCUAAGAAAACCACCUGCUUCGGUUUGUGCACCCGGGUAGUAUCACAGCCCUCACACAUGUCGAAUGAGAAUUGGGUGGCGCGUAUAUAUUUGGUGCCUCCUUGUACCAAUAUCUGUGUUAAAAUUAUCACUACAUAAAGUUUAGUUGAAGUGAGACAAGUAACCUUUCUUAGUGGAAUUACGACUACUGGCAUCAAAGACUACUGUCCCCAAGCUGGAUAUCUUUAAUUAUGAUUAAUCUCUACAUUAAAUUUCGCUCGUCCAUGUUUGUUGAGGUUCAUGGAUAUUCAGUGGAAUACGAAUUAAAUUGGCAGGUUUAGGAUCGCCCACCCUAAUGGACAUAUAAGUAUUUAUCUGUGAGUUGAUCCAGAUCAUCAGUUGGAUACUGCUAGCAAAGAACCGGCCUAAUGGCUAAAUCACUUGAAUUUUAAUCAGUAGAUCAUAUGUUCAGACUCCAUAUUGCUUUAGAAAACCAGGUUAUACCACCGACCUUUACGGUACGCAAUAAAUACAGGCAUACUCGGUAAAUGAAUUAUAUCAUUGCUCUAAUGUUGUAUUGAUCAUUGUCUUGUCUUAGUUUUCGCUAAGUCAACCCUCAUUAUAGGCUUUUAUGCAGUUGUGUAAAUGUUUUUUGCAGCCCAUACAAUUCGGGAGCGCUCUUUGUCCGCUGACUUGGAAUGUCUUUGUCAGUUCUUGACUGCUGUUGGGAAGCACAUGGACACACCGAAAGCGAAAAACUUAAUGGAUCAAUAUUUUCAUCGAUUGCGUCGUAUAUUAUCACGCGCUUACGAUUCAAAUGGAUUAACAUCCAACAAACAUGAAAAUGUAUCUACGGAAGGAAAAAAGUCGUUUUCGAAGCCGAAUGAUAACUGCAUCUUAUCUUCUAGAGUGCGGUUCAUGAUUGAAGAUUUGAUAGACCUAAGGGAAAACAAUUGGAUUCCACGUCGAGCUGGUCAGCGUACUGAAACAAACAAGCCACGUUUCCUUCGAGAUAUUCGCUUGGAAAUAUUAAAAGAAUCUGGAGUCCUUGUUGCCCCAACUCCAAGUGAGCGCUCUGUCACACAGCCAGAUGUACCUGGAAGUGCUUUUAUGGGUCACUCAUCAGCUUCAAGUAACUCUUCAGUGAAUGGCGAAUUUCCUUUCGUAAGUGGUCUGAGCUCUAGUUCAUCGAAAAAUAAUAAUGGACUUAAUACUGGUGAAGCUAAAAGUUGGAUGGAGUUGGCGCGAAUGGGUGAAGAACUCUGUCGUCAAAGUCCUCGUGAUUUCUGUUUGUUGGAUAACAGAAAUCGUAUUGGAGAGAGCCCCAUCAGUCAAUUUCAUGGACGCCCACAGGCUGGUGUUGCCACAGCUAAUCGGCGCUUUUUGUCUAGCAAAAACGAUUUGUCCCAUUCAAACAAUAUUCCUCAUCAAGGCUCUAAACCAAAUAACACUGACAGCUGGACCAAAAGAACGGAGAAAAAUGAAGUCAGUAGCGAUUUAGGGUGGGUACGUGGUGUCAACCCAAAACUACGGAACUCCGUUAUUACUCUGAGUAACGGCAUAUCAACAACUAAUUCUAAUUUACCUCCUCGAAUGCUCAGAAAACUGGCUGCGGAAGCUGCUGGGAAUUUGCAGAAUAACUCGACAUCAAAUGUUUUUAACGAAACAAAACAACCUGUCCAUUCGGAAGUACAGAGCUUCCAUACAAAAUCCACUUCUGAUAAUAUGACAUCCAUUUCCAAAAACAGUGCAUCCUGCACCACGUCUUUUAUCCAUUUCAUUGGGCAAGUCAGUUCCUCUGAUCCUUUUGAGCCUGCAUACCUGCAAAAAGAAAGGUUAUCGGUCAGUGGUGGAGAUGAAGUCAGUACCCAAAAACCUGUUUGGUCUUAUCCUAAAUGUGUUCCAAACACGGCGAUUUAUGGUAGCUCAAAUCCAACUCUUCCGUUUAAACCACAAUCUUCUGUUUCACGUCCUCACUUAAUAAACAAACCGAAUUUCCCGGAUAUUCAAGCAGCAGUUCAGAAACCAUGUAAUCGUAAAUUUGACCAGGUUAGAUCAUCUAAUUUGAACAACAUGGUCCAGUCAUCAAACAAUCUUGCUGAAAACAAUUACAAUACCACGCACGCUGUUGAUGAAAACAGGAAAAUCGCCCUUAGAUUACUCACUUUAUUGGGAGAUUCUCGUGAUCCUAUCCUGGUUAAGAAUCAAUUAAAUUCAUCGGAUUUCAGUCGAAUAACAACCGAAGUUCUUGCCGUCGCUGUUUUACAUUUAUGUGAAGAAGGUACUAAUCUUAAGUUGGCGGAGGCGGAACCAUGUGAAUUAGCUGCAAUAUUAGUAGCAUGUGCUGAAAAUCUAUUGCAUCGCGAUGCGUCUACAUCAUUCCUUGCAUCUAAGGAUAAUCGCAAAACGAAACCCACAAAAUUGUCGUGUCAUCCUUUAUCUCUUGUAUGGUCAAACCUCCUUAGCAAGAUUUUAUGUGUGACACAGUUAACUUAUUCCAAGUCCAAACUAGCAUUAUUAUCAGCUGCUUUAAUUUGGAGUCGUCAUAUUAGUCUGUCUGAAUUUGGUGAGCCCUUACGUGGGGGUAAACAUCAUCCCUUGUUUUUACUCGUUCUACAACGUUUAUCACAAAUUGUUAGUGAAGAUGGAAGUGAAACAAUUUGUAUAUCUGGAGCGGGAUUGAGUGACAGACGUUCCUUGCUCAUCCAAUUAUUUCAAGAGAGUGAAUUGCAAAUGAAUCAAAUGGUCCCAGAAGGGAGUCAAACAAACGAAGCUUUGUUGUCUUUGCUAGAAGAACGUAAUUUAGAUUUUCUCGUCCCGAGCCUACGAUUGUCAACGGAACUAUCUCACCUUAUUAUGGAUACUUCAUCCUUAGAAGGAAAAUGUCCAGAAGAGUCUGACAAAAUCACAGCUUCUAAAUUCAACGAUUACCUUUCAAAUCAUCCAAUUGAUGCCGGGAUACGAGCAUCAGACUACAUUCAUGCUUGCUUGCCAGUCAUUUAUGAAUAUAUUCACAGAGUAGGAAUUAUUGAUCUUGGCAGUUUGUCUUCACCCCCCACUUUAAUGGCUAGAGAAAAAGCUGCGUGGGAGUGCAUAGUACCUCAUGUACUUAUCGAAGUUUUACGAAGCUCAACAGACCGACAGUUGGAUGCUCUUCAUGACCUGCAGUCCUUCUGGGUUGAUAAAAAUAUGCCUAAAGGUCAGUAUACUUUCAAAUUAUGUUGUCCAGUAAAUCAUUUUUAUAUCAGUUGGUGGUAAAGAUUUUUAUCAUGAUAAACCUAAUGGAAUAAUUGAAAACGCUUAUUUUGCUUUUAUAUGGGUUCCUUUGCUGUCAUCUUUCAGUUAUUUUGCAUCCUGUUUGUAGAUUUAAUUCAUUUAACAUAGGAUGGUAGUGCUUACUCUAAGCUACAUCAUUUUAUGCUUUUUGAUGACUUAUGAAUGUUGUUAAUUUGAUGUUUAAAAAUUACAGGUGUUAAACUUUAUUGAUGAGUGCAUCACAGAAGACAACAUGAAGGUCCAGAAGAGUAUUUAGUUGAAACAUUCAAUCACUUGACAGAGUUUCAAACUAAAACUGGGUAACUUGACUAUAUGUUAUGUAUCCGUAGUCGUUUCUAGGAUUUUAUCAGAAACGACACUAAUAGUCUCACAUCAAUGAAUCAAAAACUUUUCAGUCACAUAAAAUGUCUUGUUAGUUCCUUAUUUUUAAGUUAAAUGCGAGCUGCAGCAGAUGAUACACGGAAUUUCUUUGAGUCUAUAAUAGAUAAGACUUACACGGUUUACAAAUUUAUAAUCAACUAAUCAUCCUUUUUUUCGACAUUAUUUACGACAUUUUGGUCCAAAAGGUAUGGUCAGUAGGAUCUUCCUAUUUACACUCAUCCUAAUAUGAAGUCAUCUACCUGGUCUUUAUAAUCAUCAUGAUUCGUAACUUUUAAUUUCACUUAUCCUUGUUCUUUUGUUAAGAAUCACCGUAAAUUGUAGGAACAUGUUUCUAGGUAGUACACUUCGCAUGGGUCUCAUGUGAUUAUGAGGUGCUAAUUUUCGCUGACUGUUGGUGUAGCAAGAAUCUCCUAGAGAUAACUUCCACACAGCCUGGAAUAUCCUUAGGUUUCUUGAAAACUCAGUCUUUGACAGAUUGCUGUGAUCUUUAUAUUCGCACCUAUUCAUAUUGGGAAAUGUGAUCAUGUGCUUUUCGUAUCGUAUAAUGUUGCUUGGUUUAGAUUUUCUUUAAAAUCGAAGUACUUAUAUAUUAAUAGUCACCCUAAACUUACGAUAAGGGAAGUUAAUUGUCCUUCUUCAAGCCUCUUGACAAACACAGCACUAUCUACCUUUGGGAGUAUUUUUGUUGCUCAUGGUUUCCAGUCUAACUCAAUUCGCUUUACAUUGUUGACGUCACUCGGUUUGCAUCCACUAGUCGGUUAGUAAUAAAAGUCUUGAAAAUAAAUGAAUUUCAUAGGAACAAUUAAUCUUCUCUUUUUUGAGUGGUGGCUUAGUGGUUAAGGUGUUCAACCUUCAGGUUUGUCCCCCCUCUUCAUCUAUUUCGGUCUGAACAACCGGGCAAUAUCAUUAGUCCUCAAACUUAGUGUGUGACUCAUACUCAAGUACCUGGCGAGUUAAUUAAUUUCCAUUCUUGUUUUUGAAUUAUCUUCGUCGGUAGUCGGUGACUAGAUCGUUUAUUGCUAUUAUCACUCAAAUAAGGACCAAAUUGUUUUGACGUCUAUUCGAUGUACAAAAUUUCUAAUUCACGCUUAACAUUUUGAAACUAAUCUCUGUUAAGGAAUUGCGUUAUUGUAAAAAAGGAAACUAAUGGAUUAUUUGCUCAGUUCAAGUCUCGAGCUAUUAAUAAUUCCCCAAUAAUUUUAUACUAAUUAGCUUUUCAGUUAAAGGAUUAUGUCAUAAAAAAGCUUUGUCUAGAAAUGAGUUUUGUCAGCACUAAAGUAAUGCUCGUUUCAUGUUUUAUUACAGGGUUUUUGUUUCGUUGUUUUAUGAACCUUUAUAAUUGUGAGCUUGUAUGUGAAGACGCCUUUUUAUCAUGGAAAGAAGAAGUGAAUCCCAGUUAUCCUGCUAAAGGCCAAGCACUAUUUGAGGUACACUGCUUGUCAUGUUAAUUUGAUAUUUUAUUAUAAUUAAUCAGUGACUUAUUAUACAUUGUAGGAUCUAGUUUAUAUAUACAUCAGUUCAGGUUGCCACAUUAUAUCAAGAAAACUGUGAUAUCAGAAUAUUAGAGAUAAUAACAUCAGUUGUAGUAGAGAGUCAGCAUAUGUAUGGUUCAAGAAGAAAAUAAGAAUUUGUGGAAUGCAAAAUCACGAGAUAAUUUUAAAAUUCAGGAUCUAAAGGAAGGCAAAAGUAAAUGCAUCUGUCUCAACGCAACCGAUUGUGACUCAUGUUACUCAACGUCUCCAACCACUUAUCACAGGGUAGCGUACAUCUACAAACCAAGAGCUACUAACUUAUGCCGUUAUUUGCUUUGAAGGUCACUAGUUUGUUUUCCAGCCUAUUUCUACCCCAACCAACAUCGCGCGUCGAAUUAGGUGGUGUUUCUGUGGACGCAAUACGUAUCCCAUUCACUGCAGUUGAUAAAAAUUCACAGUUUCAUUAAAUAACUUUCCAUCUUUGUUUAGUAUAACGCUUUACAACCAUUAAGUAAAACAAAGCAAACUUCUGAACAGCAUACUCCCUCGUCGACAGACGAAGAUCUCGCCAACACAACUAAUGAUGUGAGUUGGCAAACCCAAGCAAGCUGUUUGAAUACUAGCCAGGAUGAGUAAAUUGGUCGAUGCAAUCAUCUAUUUCACUCCAUUUGAUCAAUCCAGACAACAACGCAGACCCGUCCUGAAUCAGCGUUUUCUAUUCAGAGGAGGAGAACAUAUCCCAAACAUGCAUUGUUGCUCGAAGGUGAUCAGAAAACUUCCGAUCAUCUCUCGAUUCACUAGUUGUUUUCGUUCAUCAUUUCUUCCUUUCUAUAGGACUUUGAGUUCAAUAUCCAUAUUCUGAAUUGCAUUUUUUGGUGUAUGUUUAUUUGUCUGUUGGACAUACCACCAUGGUGUUAAUUCACUUUCUUUUUUGCUCUUACCUAUUCUCUGAUUUAUACAUGUAGAGAAUCCUUCUUACCCACAGAAAAAGUUGACAUCCGGUGACCGUCAAAAUCUAAGCAAACAUCCACUAUUACCAUAUUAUUUUUAUUUGAUAAUUUGUUUGUUUCAUUGCUUCGGUUUUGUAUGUUUGUUAUCUUGACAUCCUAAUUCCUAUUAGGGUACGCAAACUAUUUUAUUAAAUCUCUCUUCUUAAUUAUUUCAUCACGGUGACUUUUAUUUUCAGGUCAAUCGCUGGUUAACGUGGUUAGAAACAGCAGAGGAAGAAGACGAAGAAGACCAAUGUAAAUCUGAUUCAAAUGAGGAUCAUGCAAAGAUAAUUCAAGAAAGUCCAAUGGAUUCGGAAAACUCAGAAGCUUCUAAAUCUCCCAACCACUUUAUUGAUAUUGAGUCUCACAAUAUGCCACUGGCCCUGCAUCCCAAUUCAGCAGCUUUGCGUUCCUGAAUAACCCCUUUAGUUUCCGAACUUGAUAUCAGUUUUGUGUGUUGAUAUGAUAAUGAUGCCUGUAAAUCCUAGAUUGUAUGUCUUGCAUGGAAAAUCGGUUUUGAAACCUCGUCUUUACCAAAACAAUUUUUCGAACCUUCAAUCACAUUGGGCUUCAAUUUUCCUUAUUAUAUUAUUAUC